AUGGAUGUCAGUGAAAGUCCUCUUUCUGAUGAGCACAGUGCCACAAUGGCAACUGCACCUUACAACUAUUCCUACAUCUUUAAGUACAUCAUUAUUGGGGACAUGGGUGUAGGAAAGUCCUGUUUGCUGCAUCAGUUUACAGAAAAGAAGUUUAUGGCGGACUGUCCCCACACAAUUGGUGUUGAAUUUGGCACGAGAAUAAUUGAAGUUAGUGGCCAAAAAAUUAAACUACAGAUUUGGGAUACGGCGGGACAAGAGAGAUUCAGGGCUGUCACACGAAGCUACUACAGAGGAGCAGCAGGAGCUCUCAUGGUCUACGACAUCACCAGAAGAAGUACAUAUAAUCACUUAAGCAGCUGGCUGACAGAUGCAAGGAACCUCACCAAUCCAAAUACUGUGAUAAUCCUCAUAGGAAAUAAAGCAGAUCUGGAAGCACAGAGGGAUGUUACAUAUGAAGAAGCCAAACAAUUUGCUGAAGAAAAUGGUUUAUUGUUCCUUGAAGCAAGUGCAAAAACCGGGGAGAACGUUGAGGAUGCGUUCCUGGAGGCUGCCAAGAAAAUCUACCAGAAUAUCCAAGACGGAAGCCUGGAUCUGAACGCUGCAGAGUCGGGUGUACAGCACAAACCGUCAGCUCCGCAGGGGGGGCGACUAACCAGUGAACCCCAGCCCCAGAGAGAAGGCUGUGGCUGCUAGUGACCUCUGUUUCAUGGCUCCAUUUCUGACCUUUCACCUCUGUCUGCUGGAAGCGGUGCUUUUGACUGCUUCCCUGUCUUCUGUACAUCUUCUUGGGUUUAAUUAAAACUCUGAGACAAGUUUAACACAGUACUAAACUGCUAAACAACGUUAGAUGUAAUCAGGUUAUCAAAGGCAAGUAGAGUAAUAAAAUCUCUCCUGCAUGGUAAAUCUAGAAGUUUUUUUUUUUUUUUCUUCUUGAUUGUUCUUGUGAUAGUGUCACCGAUACAUAAUUUAAACCGAGCACUGAUGCUGGACUCAUGAUUUUACACUUUGGCAGGGCUUUGGUCUUGUACGGUUUAAUUUUAUGGUUCUUUGGCCUUUCUUCCCCACCUCUAAGUGUUUAGAGCUGUCCAUAGCAAAGGAUAAGUUCUUGCUGUGAAAGAGCCAGGGGCUCCGUGACGAUGCUGUUGAAAGAACUCCCUGUGGUGUGUGUGUUGGGGGUCGGGGCGGGCUGGUGCAGGAGCCUACAACUUGCACAGGGAAACAAUCUGCUCAUUCUUGUGCUCACAGCUUUAUGUCUUUUGUUUGUUUGUUUGGUUGGUGGUUUUUUUUGCCACUUUUAUCCUUUACACUUGUUAACAGAACGUAAAUAUGUAUAAAAUUUGAAGGAACUGAGCUAACAGUUAAAUA